UCACUUUUUUUUGGGUUAUUGUUCAAGUGCCUGCCAGUAGUUGUGCAUCAGCCUCACGUGCAUCCAAAAUGUCAUAUAGCUGCAGAAGAGAGUUUUUCAUUUCCCAUUACAUUCAUUAACAAUGACUUGAUAGAGUGUGAUAGAGUGUUGGAGGCUUUGUGGCUCUGAGCAAAGAAAAUCUCUCACUUCACUAAAAUAGACAUUUUGCUACAUUUAGAGUUUUCUGAGGAACCUUUAUGUCAAACAAGAUAAUGGCAAAAUUUUAGGAAAAAGAGGGAGAAACACUGUAGCAUAAUAUCCCUACUGAAGCCUAUAAAAUUACCUCACUCUGUGAUAACAGACAAUACGCUUCAACACCGUCCUUUCAUUCAGAGUGAUGCAUCAAGGGAAGUAAUUACAGACACUACUGACAGAUCGAUGACUAAUGCUGACAACAAUACCUUAGUCUAUAAAACCCUGAUUUCCCUCAGCUGGGUUCUAUCAUUUACAGCAGACACAGCAACAAAGAUAAGCUCUUUGUGUUGAACAUACAAUCUGUUUUUUAGGUCUUGAAGAGACUCACAUCACUCAGAGUUGUACGUGCACAUCUGAAGGUAAGCCGGCAUAAUUCAUUCUAUCACACUGUAUCAAGGCUAUUCGUGGAUUUCUCCUUUUCUUUUGUACUUAAAUGAAACCUAAAUGUUUCACUGUAAAUGUCAAAGGCAAAGCUGCUGUGCUAAUUAUUGCAAUUUUCAUUUUCAAUCCAGAGUUGGCAAAAAACAUUUCACGGCUUUUUAGGGGGAAAUCAUCAACAAUGUGGACCGUGACUCUGAUUCUGUGUUUGGGAAAUAUUCUCAUCAGAGGUGAGGCCAGCCAUCACAAUUCAGAGCCAUUCCUUGUAACUGAAGUCUCCGAAACAGCCUCCCGUGCUCUUUUAACACUGGAACAAGAGAACUCCAGCAGUUCAAUUCAUCCGCCCCAAGAAGAAGGACCAAAAACAUCUCACCCUCCUAUGUGCCUGCAGUCAGCUGGAAUCAAAGACACCUUCAAAUAUAUCAAUAUUAUGGUCUCUCUGCUUGUGUUUGUUGUUGGAAUAGUGGGGAAUUCAGCCCUACUUAAAAUCAUACAUGCAAACAAAUGCAUGAGAAGUGGACCUAACAUUCUCAUUGCGAGUCUUGCACUGGGGGAUCUAAUCCACAUUGUGAUAGACAUUCCAAUCAACGCUUACAGGCUCCUGGCAGAAGAUUGGCCCUUCGGUUUGGUGCUAUGCAAACUCGUCCCUUUCAUACAAAAAACCUCAGUUGGAAUUACUGUGUUGAGCUUAUGUGCUUUAAGCGUUGACAGAUACCGGGCCGUAGUAUCCUGGAAUCAAAUCAAAGGCGUAUGGGUUUCAGUGUGGACAGCAAUCGAAAUAACUCUGAUAUGGGUUAUUUCCAUCCUGCUGGCUGUCCCUGAAGUUGUCGGCUUUGAUAUGAUAACAAUGGACUAUAAAGAAAAGCAUCUCAGGAUAUGUCUGCUUCAUCCUAAGCAAACUUCGCAGUUCAUGAAGCAUUACAAAGCUGUAAAGGACUGGUGGCUCUUUGGUUUCUACUUUUGCAUGCCUCUGCUUUGGACUGCCAUCUUCUACACACUCAUGACUCGGAAAAUGCUGAGAAACACCGAAAACACCUUAAGCGACCACAUCAAGCAGAGACGAGAAGUCGCAAAAACUGUCUUCUGCCUGGUGAUCGUCUUUGCAAUCUGCUGGUUUCCUCUUUACCUCAGCAGAAUAUUAAAAUCAACCAUAUAUGAUGAGAAAGAUCCAAAUCGGUGUAAGCUGCUGAGCGCCUUCCUUGUUCUUGACUAUUUCGGCAUUAACAUGGCAUCUCUAAACUCCUGCAUCAACCCGAUUGCCCUGUACAUCGUCAGCAGAAAAUUCAAGAGAUGUUUUAAGGCAUGUCUGUUCAGUUGGUGUCUACCUCUUCAAGCUGUUACCCAUGACGAGGCGCAGUCUGUUUUGAAGUCCAGAAUGCAGGAUCAAGCCUCAGAGCAGAGCGGCAACAUCAAAGCUCACAAGCAGACAGCCACACCUCUUCCUGGGAAGGAGAACACCUUAGUGUGUUAGCACAAACUCACGUUGGAACUGUAACACUACUUUCUGAGACUGUCAAUAUCUUUUUGUUCAGCGGCUUCGGCUAUCAAAACAACUACCGAAGCCGCUCUGUCAGGUGCUCCGCAACCUUGACAUGCCAUUCUAAUAAUGUAAAGUACCUUCUGAAUAACUCGGAGCUCUGUCUUUUGUAAUGCUGUCGUCAGUCGAACAUCUGCUUUGGCAUGAGCAACCUGGAGUCAGACUGUUCAGACUAUUUGCCCUUGAGGCUUGACUCACUCCCAACCAUUACAUCAGAUUUUUACCUAGUACCUAUCCUGUAUCAUGCAUCACAGUUCUCAAAUCACUGUUUUGGGCAUGAUGUUAACCUGGCAGCCAUCAACAGAAAUCUUGUCACAGCUCACCGCCUGCAUAUAUAUUAUUUUAAUUCUGCUUCUGGAUUCUAGGAAGACACCGUGCUGCUGGAAAUCAAGCAAAUGGGAAUUCUAAAUUAUUACGGCGGGUUUUAUGAGGCACCAGUUUUAUGUUAUGUUAUUUUCAUCUCUGUUAACUUUCUUACGAAUACACACAGCAUCUUAAGAGUUCCCUUUUUCCCCCUUGAACCUUGAGAAACAUAUCAAAUUGGGUGCCACAAGUAGAUUCUGUCUCCGCCACUGAAUGACUGAUUGAUGGUGGCCUAUUUUUAAUGCAUUGUUAAAUGUGUAAUGCAUGGAGACACUUUAUAAAAGACCUGAGAGUGGGGAAGAAGGAAAACGAAGAUGACAGAAUGAGGUCAGGAGGAGAGAGAGGAAUGGAGGAGGGGGGUGGAGAGGAGUGUUGGGGGGGGCACCUGAUAGGUCUUCCUGUCACAGGACAAGGAAAGCACAAAUAGAGCGCUGUUUCUUCCAGCUAAUGCUGUAUCAGCCUGCGAAAAAUGUCUUGAUGCGCCGGAAUGCCUAUUAAAAGUUUCUGUCAUCUCAGUGAAGUCAGCUGUUUGUUAAAAAAAAAAAAGAGGAGUUUGUUUGAAAAAAGUGGGCAGAUGCUUGUGAUGUUUGCGAUGCAUCAAGAAAAUGUAAAAAGGAUUUAUGACUUUAUGAUGUUUUAUUAAAAGCAAA